UACAUCAUUGUGGUAUUAUUCGUGGGAUUGUUUUGUGAGGUCCAGGAUAUAUAUAAGUGUGAAAUCAAACACUGUGACCAGUACAUCUUCAGCCAUGUAUAGAUGUAAAAUGAAAACCAUCCUCUUUGUUUUUGCUGCAGUCCACGUCUUCUACACCUCUGCGCAAUCAUGUGCAAGUUCAACCUUCCCAAUUGUUGAAACUGCUACAAUUGCACAGGUGAACGUGGACUCCUCAAACAGCAACCUCUUUGCUGUUACAAGAUGUGAAGUAAUCUUCGAGGCUAAUUUAGGAGAACGCCUAUUCCUGGUGGUAAUAGUUAUCGAUAUCCAGGGAACUGUGUGUCUGAACAACUCCGGUAUCGAUCCAUCAAUCUGUGACCUGAUACCCAUCACGAAUGCUGAAACUGCUACGUGUACAAGCACAAUCACCCUGCAGGUGGGCUUGUUUCAAAACAUUCAAGUCCAGUGCUUUAACACAAACGUGACAACACCAGCUAUUACCCCGACCACACCGGUGACCACACCGAGCAUUUUAGUUACCACACUGGACACCACAGACAGCACUUUAGUUAACACACCGACCCCACUGGACACCACAGACAGCACUUUAGUUACCACACCGACCCCACUGGACACCACAGACAGCACUUUAGUUACCACACCGACCACAACUGUGACCACACCAACUACCACGGCCACCACAACAACCAAAAAACCUAGAAAACGACCAUCAUCUUCAUCAUCAUCAUCAUCAUCAUCAUCCGAAAGCGAUGAACGAUCAAGGAGAUGCAAGAACGAUGGCCGAAGGAUUUGCAGGAGAAGAUCUGGCCACCGGAGGAGGAGGGGAUUUUCGAGCACAGAGAAGAAAAAUAACAGGCAAAGGAGUCUAACCAGAGUUAUUCGUUUUGCUCCGGCUGCAGCUCUCAAGACAGAAGAGAAUCAAGAUAGUAAAAUAUACGCCACUGACUUCUGACAGUAGGAGAUCUGACAAAGCAGCUCCAGAACAUGAAUUGCUCAAAAGCCUUCUACAGGGUGUGCUACAAUUACUGCCGGGUCUGAUAUUCUCCUGCAUGUAACUGCUGGGAUUCUCAUGUUUAACGUGAGAGUUCUCUUCCUCUCCUCUGCAAUCUCUGUCUUUUCCCUGCAAUCCAACGAGUUGUAGCAGCCUGACUGCUACUGGAGACUGAUAUACAAUAACAUAUUAGGAAAUGUACCAACCUGGAUGGGGUCUCAUCAGAUACUGUGCUUUUCCGGAUGUAAACAAUCCUAUAGCUGUUUCAAACAACUUUUCAAAUAUUUUUUCUUGAUUUUUCAUGGGAUAUCAUUUGGUAUUAGAGUUAAAGCAAUCAUGUAUUUGAUUAAACAAUAGUUGCAACUUGAUUCCUUAUUAAGAAAUUGUGAUCAUGUAAUCUACAAGGUAGACAAAAAUGCUGGAGAAACUCAGCGUGUGAGGCAGCAUCUAUGGAGCAACGGAAUAGGUGACGUUUUGGUUUAAGUUCCUUCUUCAGUCUGAAGAAGUGUCUCGACCCAAAACGUCACCUACUCCUUCGCUCCAUAGAUGCUGCCUCACGCGCUGAGUUUCUCCAGAAUUUUUGUCUACCUUCGAUUUUUCCAGCAUCUGUAGUUCUUUCUUAAACAUGUAAUCUCCAGGUCAUUUUUAGACACAUAAAUCAAGAUGACAAUCAGUUCACAUAUGUUGUAUCUAUUUCUUUAGCUGGGUAAGACUUUUAACAAUCUGUUGGCAAUAUCUUGUGAUCUGUACUUAAUCAAUUAUAAUAAAAUAUGAUUAUCACAA